GUGUUCCGGUGCCCUUUUCCGUAUAGCUGGGUUAUGGGAACAAUAGCUGGAUUAUGUUUUCCUGUCAUAUUCAAUCAGUUUGAUUUGCCGAUUUAAUUAAGGUAAUGAAAUUUGUCAGUCUUAGGUAGGUUGAGAAUGUACGGUAACUUUAAAUGGAUUGGUUACAGCAGUGCUGAAGUUAGUGUUACUUGGUCAUUACCAAGUGUGUGACUGGUUGGUGGUGGGUGUUGGUGUUACUUGGGCAUCACCAAGUGAGACUGGUUGGUGGUGGGUGUUGGUGUUACUUGGGCAUCACCAAGUGAGACUGGUUGGUGGUGGGUGUUGGUGUUACUUGGGCAUCACCAGAUGUGAGACUGGUUGGUGGUGAUUGUUGGUGUUACUUGGGCAUCACCAGGUGUGAGACUGGUUGGUGGUGAUUGUUGGUGUUACUUGGGCAUCACCAAGUGAGACUGGUUGGUGGUGGGUGUUGGUGUUACUUGGGCAUCACCAGAUGUGAGACUGGUUGGUGGUGAUUGUUGGUGUUACUUGGGCAUCACCAAGUGAGACUGGUUGGUGGUGGGUGUUGGUGUUACUUGGGCAUCACCAAGUGAGACUGGUUGGUGGUGGGUGUUGGGUGUUACUUGGGCAUCACCAAGUGAGACUGGUUGGUGGUGGGUGUUGGUGUUACUUGGGCAUCACCAGAUGUGAGACUGGUUUGGUGGUGAUUGUUGGUGUUACUUGGGCAUCACCAGGUGUGAGACUGGUUGUGGUGAUUGUUGGUGUUACUUGGGCAUCACCAAGCGUGAGACUGGUUGGUGGUGGGUGUAGCGUGAGUGGUAGAUGUAGAGAGGCGAGGCCGAGGUUCACCUGCGUCUAGUCAGUUCAUGUGUUGACGCCGAGGGGGAUACAUGUGUCGUCCACCGCUCUCCCGCCGCCUCGCGCCCACGCUCCAACCCUCGCUUCCUAACACACUGUGAACAUAACAUUUAAUUACAAUUAUAUGGGCAUGUGUGACAGUAAUCGUUUUAUGUAAUUAACGAGGGGAAAGACCUGACUAAUAAGGGAAAAGUGAAGAUCGACAGUUUGUGCUAGAUGUGACCUGUUUUAAACUUAAGUUCAGGGCAUCUUCAAUGCUAAAAAAAUUCACCUUGAUGAAAAGGCGGAGCAGGAUGCCAGGUUGAGUGUUAGUGUUGAACGAGGGUGUCGAGGAGUGUGGCCCCCGCGCGGAGAAACUGCCCCAGGUGGCAGACGAGGCUCGGGUAUCCACCAGGUGUAGGCUCACGCCUGCCUGCUGAUUCACUUCCCCGUCUUUGAAUGCUAAUGAAGUUUUUCUUUGCAUCCUUCAGCGGCAAGGCAAAUUACCGAGUAUGUUGGCAGUGUGUGGGAGUGUGGACAGAACACAGGUGUGUGGUGCGCGCGACACCUGCGCGGCGGCUCACUCCCACGCCCACAGCAUCUGACGGUGGGCGGCAGACGACCCUCAGUAGGACAUUUAAAGUAGGCGUUGAGAGGUGACAAGAGCGUGGCGGAGAUGAUCUUCCCUGGACCGAAGUCGCUGCAUUAAAUUCAGCACCAAAAUGCUGUGUUGUGCCCCACGGACGCGAUUAGUGUUGAGCGCUGUGCUGCUGCUGCUGUGGGACCCUGCGCACGGGGACAUAGGGAGCGGGGAGGUGGAUGGGAUUGUUUUGGAUGGGGGUGUAGCCUUAGGGUUAGACUGGGAGGACGGGAACUGGGUGGUGGAUAGGGACGAAAGAGGCGUGACGUACAGUAAGUGGCGCUACAAGAUCACAGACGGGCAACGGGGGCGUCCCGAAGGACGGCCAGUGACGCAGCGCCCCUCCGUCACCGCCCCUGACGGCGUCGACGCCAAUAGGGUAGGCAGGGUGGGACACAGUGGCUCUCGCUACCCCACCGUGCCACGGUCCUCAGGGGCGCCCAUGGCAGGGCAGGGCAGUCCUCAUCACGGACGGACCUCAGAGGGGGUUAGGAGAGGCCGGCCUUAUCAUGGACGGACCUCAGAGGGGGCUAGGAAAGGCCGACCUUAUCACGGGCGGACCUCUGAAGGGGCAAGAAAAGGCCGUCCGUAUCACGGGCAGACCUCUGAGGGCACGAGAGGUGGGAAUCAGGGACCCACUUCAGGAGGGGUGGAAAAAGUGCGUCCAUAUCCAGAACAGACCUCUGAAGGGGUAAAGAAAGGACGCCCUUACCCCGGACGGACCUCAGAAGGGGUGAAGAAAGGACGCCCUUACCCCGGACGAAUCUCUGAAGGGGUGAAGAAAGGACGCCCUUACCACGGACGGAGAUCUGAGGGGGUGAGAAGGGGACGUCCUUACCACGGACAGACAUCUGGAGGGGUGAGAGGGGGACGUCCUUAUCACGGACGGACAUCUGGAGAGGUGAGAGGGGGGCGUCCUUACCACGGACGGACCUCUGCAAACGGCACGGAAUCCACCACACUGCGCAUCGGUACCAAGUACACGUACACGGACGAAUACAAGAAGUGGCAUGGGUUGGUCUAUGGAUGUGGGUGUGACGAGAGGGGGUCUAGCAGCAGCAGCUGUGAUAUUGUGACUGGGCAAUGUCAUUGUAAGAGCAAUGUAGAUGGUCGCACCUGUUCCUCUUGUCGGCCUGGUCACUGGGGUCAUGUGUCAGGAUCUGGAUGCCAGCAGUGCAACUGUGACAAAAGAGGGAGCAUAAGUCCUCAAUGUGAGGAUGCAACAGGACAGUGCCGGUGUCGGCCAGGUGUUGGGGGUCCUCGUUGUGACACUUGCCUCCCUGGAUAUUGGGGUUUCUCCAGGCAGGGCUGUAAACCAUGUGACCCUUGUGGUAGUCCUGGACGUUUUUGUGACCCCAGUUCUGGGCGUUGCAUUUGUCCAGCCAACACUGAAGGUGACCGCUGCGAGAGGUGCUCUCCUGGCUCCUGGGAUUAUCAUGCAUCACGUGGCUGUAAGCCAUGCAACUGCUCUGGAGCUGGAGCUCUAAGUCGUCAGUGUGAUUCCCGCACCGGCUACUGUGUGUGUAAAGAAGGUUAUGAAGGGGAACACUGUGGCAAAUGCAAGUUUGGAUUUUUUGGGUUUCCACUAUGUAUCUCAUGCAGCUGCAACAUGGCAGGUACCAACCCGCUUAAUUGUGAUAGUAAAGGACGAUGCCAGUGUGAUGAUGGUGGACAGUGCCCAUGCAAGUCUAAUGUGGUGGGUCGUAGGUGUGGUAAGUGUGUGGGCGGGACAUUUGGCCUUUCGGUAAACAAUCCCUCUGGUUGUACUGGUUGCUACUGCUUUCGAAGAACCAACAAGUGCAUUCAGGCUGAGCUCACCUGGUCUCAGCUACGGAUGUGGGGUCGGCGGGUACUGACCAUCGAGUACCGAAAGCCUGUGGCUGGAGAACGACCUUUUCGCCCGCCUUUUGUGGUAGUCCAUCCCUGGAACACGCAGGAGAUAUGCUAUAUCAAUUUAGCUCUUCCUGGGGAGAGAACUCUAAACUUUGAAGAUGGUGAAACAAGACUCAACAUAACAAAUCAGCUGCAUGUCAUCCCUGGCACUGAAGGUCAUGUCACCAUUGGUUCCUCACUACUUUUUGAGGCUCCACUUUACUGGCAACUGCCUCGAGAAUUCAUGAGAGACAAGGUCAGAUCAUACAAUGGUUAUUUAAGAUUCAAAGUUCACAGUGAAGGAGACAAGAAUUUUCCAGAGCACAUUCUUCAGUCUUACCCGCUGGUUUCACUGCAGGGCAACUGGAAGCUUGUGUUGGAAUAUUACUCCCCUGCCAUAUCUCCUGAUGGACAAUAUGAAGUCAAGUUACGUGAGGAUUAUUGGCGGUUGAAAAACAAACCACAGAAAGUUACUCGUGAAAUGAUGAUGAUUGCUUUACAAAACAUCCAGCACAUUCUCAUACGUGCAACUGAUGCUGCAGAUGCAACAUCUGCAUCUCUUCAAGAUGUGACUCUGGAUGUUGCUGCAGAAGGUUUUCCUGUUUCAUCUCGCGUAGCCUUGGGUGUGGAACAGUGCAUCUGCCCGGCAAACUAUUCAGGCACUUCUUGUCAAAAUCCUAAUAUUGGGUAUUAUCGCUGGCAUAAAAAUAACUACAUUCAGUCCACUAUUAUUAUUGAUUUGGUGGGAGAGUCACGCCAGUGCCGAUGUAAUUUACGAUCUGAGACUUGUGAUGCAGAAACUGGCAUAUGCAAGAACUGCCGAGACAAUACAAUGGGAGAUCAUUGUGAAGUUUGUGUGACUGGUUACUAUGGUAACCCUGCUGUGGGACAAUGCAAGCCCUGUGCAUGCCCUUCACUGGAACAAAAUUUUGCCGAGACAUGCCAAGCUGAUCGAUAUGCUGGUUACAUAUGUCACUGCCGGACUGGCUACAAUGGUGAUAAGUGCGAUAGAUGUGACUAUGGUUAUUAUGGUCGGCCAUCACAGCAUGGUGGGUAUUGUCAGCCUUGUGGUUGUGAUCCAUUUGGUAGUGUUCGUGAAGGAUGUGACCAAGAUGGAGUAUGCACUUGCAAAAAAGGAAUCACUGGACGAGAUUGCUCUCAGUGUGCACCAAGGCAUGUCACCUCUGCAACAGGCUGCAAGUCAUGUGAAGAUGGCUGUGUCAACAUACUGCUUGAUGAAGUAGAAGAAAUGAUUAGAGCUGCUACUUCCAUUAAUGUAACAGGCUAUAUACCAGCCCCUUGGCCCAUGGUCAGAGAGAUCCAGAAUAUUACCAGAAUCCUGAGGUAUCAGCUAGACAGAUAUCACAGCAAUGUUGAUGCCUCUCAAGAACUUGUGGUUGAAUUUGAUUUAGACUAUUAUGCCAGAGAUCUCUUGCGCAAGGCAGAACAGCUGGAAGUGACAGCAAAAGAAACAUACCCACCAACUGCAGUCAUUAAAAUUGAGGCCCAGACGAUUUUAGAUUUAAUUAAAAGUCUCUAUACCCAAAUUGAUGAUACCAUUGCAUACCUUAAGAACUAUGCUAUUGGAGAGACUCCUAGUAUAUCUGUUGGUGGUGCCAUGUUGGAAGCUGAAAAGAUUUUGAAAGAGAUUCAGAUGCGCAAUUUUACCAAGUUUGAUAUUGAAGCUGAGAUAGAGAUAAGCAAGGCUAAACUUUUGCUGAACCGGAUAAUGAAAAUGGACCAGGAAAAUCCACACAUUCAAGCCCUUCAAGUUCGCAUAAAGGAUAUCGACAACAAACUUAAUGAACUUCUUCAAAGAAUAAAUGCAGCCAAUAGUAAAACAAAUGAGGCAGCUAUGGUGAAUGAAAGCAAUCGCAGGAGGCUUUCUCGUGUAAAGGAAUAUUCUGCAGAGAUCAAGAGCACUCGUCAAAUAGUUGAUGAUCAGAACUUCAACUCCACCCAGUUGCUGAAAGAAGCCAACAAAAACCUUAUUAACACCAGAAUUAAUUAUGAUGAUCUUGCCAACCUGUUAGUUGACUUGAGAAAUGGCUCCAACUAUCUUGAAGAGUUUGAGGGUCUUUUGUGGCGACUGAACAUUGAAUAUAGGGACAAAUAUGUCAAGAGAGCCCAUGACCAUGCAAUGGAACUUAUGAGAGAAUCAAUUAGACUAGAAAGUCUGUUUAACAAAACAAGAGAUGUUGCUGAUGGGCCUUUACGAGCAGCCAAAGCUUACCAGAGAAUUGUGGAUGCCUUGCUAAGUGCUGAGGGAGCAGCUAAGAAUGCUUCACUAGCUGCUGAGACUGCUUUUAAAGUGGCAUACCCAGGUGAUCCAGAGGAAUCUCUUGUGCGCCGGGCAACACUUUCUCUUCACAAAUCUCAAGAGUUACAUUCAAAGGGGGAAAAAUUGAAGAUGACUUUAGGGCAACUAUAUGCUGAGUUGGAUAAUCAGCGUAGUGCCCUUGGAACUACAAAGGGAAUUCUAGACGUAACAGAUGACCGCCUUAAUGCAUUGAAAACACUUAUGGAAACUCAGCUAACAUCAAGUAUUUCUUCAGAUAUUCAAGACUCACUGGAGAGAACUCAAACUACUCAUGCUAAUGUUCAGAGAACUUUGGACCAUGUAAACUCAAUACAUGUGAACCUUACCAUCAUUAGAGAGCGUACACAGGAACUUAACCGCAUUGACGCUUCUCUUCUCAAUGAAAUUAGAGACAAAAUAUCAGCAGGAGAGAGUCAUACUAUGAAAGGAGUUCGUUUAGCAAAUAAUCUACGGAAGACUGUUGACAGAAUUGAGAAUCGGGGAAAUGAUCUAAGAGAAAGGAUUGAAGCCCUCAAGAGGAAAAUUAAACAGACAAGACAGUAUGCAUCUUCAAUUCGUGUAUCUCUCACCACCAAUUCUUCUGGAAUAUGUACAAGGAAGUAUCGACCUUCACUUCAGCCUUCAACAACAACAAGCAUUUUGCUCAGCUAUGCUAUCAGCAGCUCUGAUAAAAAUGCUCUCCUGAUGUACCUUGGGUCUCACAACUCGAGUGAUUUCAUGGCAGUUGAGAUGGUAAAUAGAAAAAUUGAAUUCUCUUGGGAUGCUGGUGGUGGAGCUCAGAGGAUCACUCACCCACUGAAGCUCCUGACCAACACACCUCAGGUUUCUGAUGAUACACGGUGGUACCACAUCACUAUCAAUCGCAUUGGAAACAUUGGUCAGUUAUCUGUAACUCCAGCAAAUAUUGAAGGUCCAGCUGAAGUAGUAACACCUGUUAGUAAUGCUUCCCCUCCAGGUUUUAGUAAGAUGGAUCUACUGCCUUCAGAUAUUCUCUGGAUAGGUGGGAUUCCUGCUUCAGCACAAAACAUAGUGAAAACCAAGACGUUUGCUGGAUGCUUACACACACUCUCAAUAGAUGGGGAACACAUUGGUCUCUGGAACUUCACAGAGUCUGAAGGCUGUGGAGCCUGUAAUGAAGGAGAGGAAUUGGUGUCAAGACAAGCAGAUGAAAUUGCUCUUGGAUUUAAUGGCAAGGGUUAUUUCAAGGGCACAAAUAGAAUAAGAAUACCAAAGCAACAUUACAGUACUGUCCUGGCUUUCAAAAGUCUAGACGAAGAUGCACUACUCUUCUUAGCUGUAAAUGAGGUUAAAAAUCAGUUCUUCAGCAUAGCCUUGGAUAAUGGUCACGUAGUUUUUACUGUGCAGUUUGAUCCUCAAACUCGCCUUGUGAUGAAGUCUAGCAAACAGCUCAACAAUAAUGAAAAUAUGGUCCAGAUUCAAGCGACUGUGCAGAAUAAAGCCAUAGCUGGUGCGCGAAUGGGCCGACUGGUCGUUGGUGACCAAAACCAGCUAGGAACUGUGAAAGGAGGACCAGACCUUGAUCUCUCCUAUGUACCUUAUUACUUUGGUGGUGUUGAUCCUGAGUUUAACAAAGAAAGAUGGAGCAGUGAGUUAAUUCUGCGUUCACUCUUGGGCUGUAUGGCAGGACUGAGUGUGCUGGAAGAAGGCAAAAAUCCACUCACUGAUGGACAGUAUUAUGGUGUUGAACAGUCUUGCCCUGAAAAGCCAUUAAAUGAUGUAGGCUUCCUUGGUCAAGGAUUUAUAGAACUUCAGUCUCAUGUCCUGAAGCGCGAAUCAAACUUUGGAUUCACAUUCCAAACCAUGGAAGCAGAUGCCCUCUUAAUGCUCUCUACAUUCAUUGGACAGGACAGUGAAACAGAGGGAGACAUGACUACAACAACUACCACCACCACCACAACACCCACUCCUCUUCAACCAGGGGAGGAGCAUCCCCCAGACUAUUACUCUGUCUCUUUAGUGGAAGGUCAUCUGGAUAUCCGACUUAAUGGAGGAACUAGCAGCCACAGAAUUAUGUCAUCAGCAAAAUAUAAUGAUGGAUAUUUGCACUCAUUCUUUGUCAUCAAAGAAAACAGAAAAGUCACCCUGAAGGUGGAUGAUAGAGAAGUUAAUGGAACAAGAUUGGACCGAGGAAGUCAAGUUGUGUCCGGACCAGAUACGGGAGGGCUCUAUUUUGGUGGAGUUCCUGAAGGAAUUGAUGCUGUAACCAUGGUUGGGUCUUCCAGAGCAUUAAAAGGCUGUAUCCGUGAUGUGAUUGUUAAUAACAGGGUAGUGUCAUUUUCACGGCCAGUGAAAUUCAAAGAUGUGUACAUUGGUCGUUGUGCUGAUCUUCCACCCACUGCGAUGCAAGGCAUGGAAGGAGAUAUGAAGGAGAUAGACUCAUGCCAACCCCCAACCCAGCAUACAGUGGAGUACAAAGCACUUAAAUUUGGAGAUCAGCUUGAGUCAUAUGUGAUGGUACCUAUGAAUCCCAGGACCUUUAAAAAGAACUUCAACAUUUCUUUUGAAUUUCGGACAUAUUAUCCAAAUGGACUAUUUUUCAUUGGCUCGAAUAUAAGAAAGAAAAAAACGCAAACAAUAUCAGCCCAGCUUCGUAAUGGAAGAGUAAUUGUCUCGCUGAGGAAGCACAAUAAAAAAGGCCCAAAGGAUACAGAGGCAAUUUCCCCUCCAGGGCUUAAUACUGGACAGUGGAGAAAGGUUAUGAUUGAGAAAGUUAGGAAGCGUCUUCAUCUUUUCAUAGAUAAUCAGUUGGUGAAGAAGGUUAAAGCUCCUCGCAAGAUGAAUGUUGGCCGGGCAUUAUUCUUGGGAAGUCUGCCAGCAAAUAUUGUCAUUCCAGAUACUAUGCAGGAAACUGAAACUCUACGUGGCUGUUUACGAAACUUAAAAAUUAAUGGAGAAGAUUUUGAAAUACCGAACAAUAGGAGACGAGAUCACAUUGUUGGUGUUGGCCAGUGCUUUGCCAGUGUACAACCUGGUUCAUAUUUCCCAGGAGAUGCUUAUGCAAUCUAUAGUGAUGAUUUUAAUGUUGGUUCCUUGUUGGAAUUAAGACUGGAAUUCCGGACUUGGGAGUUAAAUGGCAUUAUUCUUAGUGUUGCUGAUCCUCAAGGAACAUCACUUUCUGUUGAACUUGUUAAUGGAGCUGUAUUGCUAAGUGUCGACAUGGGUACUGGCCAUCCUUUUAGUGCUAGAGUGGGACUUCGAAAUAAAUUCAGCUUCUGUGAUAACAUGUGGCACACUGUAAAAGCCAGUUAUAUUAAAGACUCUAUUUCCUUAAGGGUUGAUGAUUACCGCGAAGCAUAUGGCUUUAAUGGUUCUGGUAAUGAUAAAGGAACACUUACUGGUGCUCCAUUCUAUGUUGGAGGAUUACCAGACACGGCCCUUCAGGGAACCCUUAUGUCUCGUGAAAACUUCAAAGGCUGCAUCCGCAAUAUUGUUCUUAACAGUGAACGACGUGAUUGGACUGACAUGUACAGGUUGCAAAAUGUUUUACUCAAUGCUUGUCCUGUUCAGUAAAUAGUUUUCAGCAGACUUUUUUUUCUAAUCACUUAGUUCUCAUGAUCAUCUUCAUUUAUGUAUAAAGAUAUUAAAGUACAAAUUAAUUUUGCAAUAAUUAAUGCAAAUAUAAAGCAUACAGUUAUGUAAGGAAUAGAUAAAGGUGGUUUGGUUAUCAGGACAGCCAUUUAAGAAAUAUGCAAUAGACCAUGUACAAUGCAUGAUACUGACAAGUUGAGGAAAUGACAUGUGCAAACAUUUAGUCCUGGGAUCUUGUUUACUAAGGUCCAAACAAGUAAAGAUGGAUCAGAUAAAGCCAAUUGGAAAGUCAUCUGAUGGCCUUGUUAUUUGGUCAAAAAUCAUGCAGCAUCCUGUUUCUUGCUCAGUAUUAGAAAUUGUGAUCAAUGCAGCUUCUUGACACUCGUCUUUUUAGUUCAAGUUCUGUGAACACUAUAUAGGCCUUAUACUGGUUCAUCAGGUAACAUUCUUUGUUCUUGUGGGUUUAGCAGGCAAUGCAUUUAUGCUUGCUCAAUCUGAGGGAUAGGUCCUUCUAUAUAUUUAGUAUUCCAGUGUCCACAGGAAAAUGUGUUGACCCUAGUAGUAGAAACUGAGUAAGAGGUCUUUCAUGGACGGGUGGUUCUAGUAGAUAUGUUAUUUUAACAAGUGCUGUCAGCCAUGUCACCACAUAAGAGUGCUAGGUACAUUAAUAUUAUAAUAAAAAAAAGUAAGCACUAAACCACAAGGGCCAUACAGUGCUAGGUACAAUACUUCUUUAUAGGCCUUACAGUGGGGUUGGAGGCAUGUAAGAUGAUUGGGAGUCCUUAAUCUACAGUCUUGGAACAAAAAAAAAAAAGUCUGAUAUAAGAGCUUUUCUUCUAAAAAAUAAUUUAGGAUUGGAAAUACAAAGGAGAACUUUUAGAAAGAAGCUAAUUAUUAUUAUUUUGGUACCUGUCUUGUGAGUAAACAUAUUAGGUGAUCCUUGUCG